CAGUUUCUUCCUUACAAUUGUUCCAAUUCUACACAUUGGAGAGAGGUGGUACCCAUUAAAAGUUUCAACUCACCUACCUCUUGUCUAAUUAUUCACACAUGAAAUGCUCCCGUGAAUAUGACUGGAGUUCGUUCACAUCACCAGUUCGCGAAUAUUGGGAACAUCGUGCCCUACAGAUCACUGGAGGAAUCACAGAAGUCGGUGGUAUGCGUUGGGAAUUGGCGGCCACCCUCCUACUGACUUGGGUUCUUUGCUAUUUCUGUAUUUGGCGUGGAGUCAAGUGGACUGGAAAGGUUGUCUAUUUUACAGCUCUCUUUCCGUAUUUCCUUCUCUUUAUUCUGCUGAUACGUGGCCUGACACUGCCAGGUGCUAUUGAUGGCAUCAAAUAUUACAUUUAUCCAGACAUUAGUCGAUUGCAAGAUUCUCAGGUAUGGGUAGAUGCCGUCACACAAAUAUUUUUCUCCUAUGGCCUGGGUGUUGGCUCGUUGAUUGCCUUGGGCAGCUACAAUAAUUAUCACAACAAUGUAUACAAAGACGCCAUCAUUAUAUCUUUCCUCAACAGUGCCACCAGUUUAUUCUCAGGAUUUGUUAUUUUCUCAGUUAUUGGUUUUAUGGCCUACGAACAGAAGCAACCAGUCAGCAAAGUGGCUGAGUCAGGUCCAGGCCUAGCAUUUCUAGCCUACCCAUCUGCUGUUGUCCAACUGCCAGUCUCGCCACUAUGGGCUGUGCUCUUUUUUCUCAUGAUUUUAUUCCUUGGUAUGGAUAGCCAGUUCUGUACAAUGGAGGGAUUCUUCACAGCACUAAUAGACGAAUUCCCGGAACAUUUACGUCCAAAACGUGAAAAGUUCAUCGCUGUUGUAUGCUUUGUUUCAUUCUUGAUAGGUUUAACCAUGGUUACUCAGGGAGGCAUCUACGUUUUCCAGAUUUUUGAACAUUAUUCUGCCAGUGGAAUAUGUCUGCUGCUCUUCAUCUUCUUUGAAUGUAUUGCAAUAUCGUGGUCAUACGGAAUCAACCGUUUCUAUGACAACAUGAGAGAUAUGAUCGGUUACCAUCCACAUUUUAUUUGGAAAAUUACUUGGGUUGUUACUGUUCCAGUGAUAUGUAUUGGUGUAUUCAUCUUUACGCUUUUCAAACAUGUACCAGUAAAAUAUAUGACAUAUGAGUUCCCAAUGUGGGCUCAUAUGAUUGGUGUUGUUAUGAUCCUCUCUUCUAUCCUGGUUAUCCCAGGCUAUGCCGUGUACAUCUUUAUAGUUACCCCUGGAAAUAUCCGAACAAGAAUCAAAUUGCUUUUCCGGCCAGACAUUAACAUUCGUGAAGGUUUCAACGACAAUCCUCCGCCAUAUUCUUCCGUCUCUAAUCCUGAACCAACACCACUGUGAGGCUCGCUUCGAUUGGCCAACAAAACUUAAGUGACCUCACCACCGACUGGCCGUGCCAUAUAUAGGAUCUGCUGCUUUAUUGCCUAACAAGACAUAUCGUCAUUAAUCCUCAAUCUUGUUUUAAAUGAUGAAGGCGAAUGGUUCAAUUAAUCAGCAGUCAUUGAAAACAAAAACAAACAAACAAAAUUAUGGAUAUCUUCACAAAAAAAAAGAAAAAGAAAUUUCAAAAGCAACAAAAGAAAUAUA